GGUAAACCGGGAAGCCGUAGUUCGUCGAGCGUAGUAAUCGUAGUAGCUUCGGACAGUCAACGACAUUCGGAAGCCGCGGACACUCUGGUAUUCAGAUAAACAUGCGCCUGUUCUUGAAAAUAUAUCCGUUGCUGUCUCUGCUGUCGGUAAUCAACGCGACAGGGAUAGGCAAAGCAUGGCAGGUCGUUCCGCAAGCGACCGAUCACUGGAGUCAUCCAACAUGGCCGCGAUCGGACGCUUCCGCUUUCGAAGUUCGCAGCGUGAGCGGCGUCGGUCGCCUGGACCCGCCAGAGAACACUCAGAGGGCUCCGAAAUUCGAUAAGACCGAGUCGAUAAAAUCGGACGUCGUUCCCCCGACCGAGCGUUCUUUUUUACCGAUCGAAAGUUCGCGCCAUCGAUUCGAACGGUUCCUCGAGAACCGCGAUGAUUCGAACGAUGGGCUCGAGGACGUCGAAACGGGAAUCUUGAUGACGUUCCUGCGGCCGGAGGACAACGAAGACGGGCCGGAAGUGGCGAGAGUUCGACGCGACGCGGAGAACGAGACGAAAAUGGAGCAGAUCGCGAGCGCGAAGAACGUUCGGGAGGUUCGUUUGAGUUCACCGGAGACCUCCUGGUCGACCCAGCCGCUGUCCAUAGAGUUCUCACGGCGCGGUGGUUUGGACCAGAUGAUCCAACAGACGGUGGACGACGAGGAGAGCCCUAACGCGAGAAGCUACCACGCUCCGCGGGCGGAUUUCGUGACCAGUCAUCAUAGAAGGAGCUACGAUCACCGGGAGGCCCGGGACAUGCCGGUGACCAGAGGCUACGACGAGUACGAUUUCCCCUGGUACAGGAACGCCGCCAGAGAACGAGACUACGAUCCUUUGAGCUACCGUCGCGGGUACAGCUACUACUACCCAGAUCGUUACAGAAUGGAGAGAGAAUACUACAUGCGUAUGCCUCAGGAUUAUUCUUACUACUACGAUCGAUAUAGGGACGAGGAUCUGGACCUCUACGGAAGGAGCAGACCGACGCCGAAACCGAAGAGGAUCAUCUAUUACGCGACGCUUCCAGAGAUCGUCAGGAAACCGGUGGACCUGAGGAACUAUCCAAGACCCUACGACGCAACCAGAACGCCUGUCUCGAGGGACGGGACUUACAAACGCAUCCCAGGGAACGUGGACCCCAGCAGAUAUCGGUACAGACACCUGUACGACGGCUACGAUUCCUAUUCGAAGAGAUCCAGCUUCGUCGACAGACCCUAUCCUUAUCCCGAGGAUGAAGGUCGACGCAAGGCGACGCUGGAGAGCCUCCGCAAUAACGAUCCGUUCGAUCAGAACAACGACAGGAAGUUGGCUAAUCAGGUGUCGGUCAGAAACGAAGGGAAAUUGCCUUGGCCGGUGCAGAUCGGCACCGAGGUUAGCGUGAAGGACGACGAAAGGAUCCCUGGAAGGAAGAUAUUCGGGGAUAGCAACGGCUACGAGAGAUUCCAGAGCGCACAGCUGCAAAAGGCGCCGGAUGCCACUGGCUCCAGCGAGCUCCAGAGCGACAAUUGAACACCGAAUUUUUUUUUUUUAAUACUUACACACUUGGACGAAAAGAUACUGUUUUUUUUCUAUGAAACUUUAGCCGCGAAUUUUAGUAUGAUCGUGUAUCAUCUAGGGAGCUAGGAAAGUUUUGUUGUACGAUCGUGUUUAUUCUAAUUUUUGGAGGUUUUUUUG